AAUUCAAAUUUUAAGUUAAGCCAAUCAAUCGAGUCAUUCAGUUUAAAUUGGUCAAAGUGAAUUGUUGUCGGUAGUGGUUGGAACACAAUUUUUAUUGAUAGAAAUGGGAGCCUUACCAGUUAUCGGACUUUUCAUUGUAUUAAUUACAUUGACGACAUAUUACCUGCAUAGAAUAUUUUCUUACUGGGAACGCAGAGGCGUGCCAAGUAUAAGACCACUUAUACCAUUUGGUAAUUUCAAGGAACUCGGAAGCAAAUACUUUCUCGGAUCAAUGACUCAAAAAUUGUACAACGAAAUGAAGGGAAAAGCACCUUUUUGCGGUAUCUACAUGUAUCUGGAACCAAUGGUGUUGGCGUUGGAUGUAGACUUUAUAAAAACUAUUUUGAUCAAAGAUUUUCCAUACUUCCAUGAUCGUGGUCUCUAUUUUAAUGAGAAAGACGAUCCUCUAUCAGCUCAUUUGUUCGCCAUCGAAGGCAGUAAAUGGCGCAAUUUACGCUCGAAGCUGUCACCUUCAUUCACAUCGGGUAAAAUGAAAUUCAUGUACCCCACCAUAUUAAAAAUUGGAAAUGAGUUUGAAGACACUCUGGCUCAUUUAUUGGAAGGAAAGGAAUCGUUUGAUUUAGAAGUCAAAGAUAUGCUGGCAAGAUUUACUACUGACGUUAUCGGCGAGUGUGCUUUCGGAAUCGAAUGCAAUAGCCUAAAGGAUCCGAACGCUGAAUUCCGUAACAUGGGCCGAAGGGUGUUCGAAAAAAGCCGCAAUAGUCGAAUAACCAACAUCCUUAUGCAAACAUUUCAGGAGUUGAGCAGAUUUUUGAAAAUGAGAUCCACAUUGGAAGAGGUGGAGCGAUUUUUUAUUAACAGCGUUCGAGAAACUGUUCGUUAUCGGGAAGAAAACGAUGUAACACGAAACGAUUUCAUGGAUUUGAUGAUAAGAAUAAAAAAUGGGAAAAAGCUGAACGAAAACGAUAGUGAUUCUGCGAUUGGACUGUCGAUUAACGAAGUGGCUGCACAAGCGUUCGUAUUCUUUUUGGCUGGGUUUGAAACCUCAUCCACCGUUAUGACGUUCCUUUUGUACGAGCUGGCCCUGAAUAAAGACAUACAGUUGAAGGCUAGAAAAGAAAUCAAACAAGUUUUGGAACGACAUGGAGGUCAAUUUUCUUACGAAGCUAUGACCGAUAUGACUUAUAUUACUCAAAUUUUGAACGAGUCACUCCGAAAGUAUCCGCCAGUGGGAAAUUUGAGACGUAUAACCAGCAAGGACUACAAUGUUCCAAACACCAAAUUGAUCAUACAGAAAGGAACUAAAAUUCUCAUUCCUGUUCAUGCUGUUCAACAUGACCCCACCUACUACCCCAAUCCGGACGAAUUCAAUCCUGAUCGCUUUUCAGCUGAACAAAUGAAUCAGCGGGAUAAUGAAACGUUUCUAAGUUUUGGAGCCGGCCCACGCAAUUGUAUCGGCCUCCGGUUCGGUUUGAUGCAAGCAAGAGUUGGAAUGGUGAAACUUUUGUCCAAUUUUGAAUUUUCGAUUUGUGACAAAACAUCAGUUCCACUCCAGAUCGACAAAAAAAGUAUAAUAUUGUCCCCAGCUGGUGGAAUGUGGUUGAACAUUAAAAAGGUGUAAAUCUUGUAUCCGG